AUGAAGCUAUUUCCAUAAAUCCAAAAUAUGAAAAUGCAUGGAUCAAUAAAGGUAAAUUAAAUAAUAAUUUAGGCAUCACAUUAAUCUGUUUAGAAAAUUUUAUUUAUUUGCAUAAAAUAAAGAAAUUUAAAGAUUCUAUAUUUUGUUAUGACUAAGCUCUAUCAUAAUGUAUCAAUCCAUUAACAUUAAGACUUAAAGGUAUAUUAACUAUAAUUUAAAUUUUGCUGA